GAGACUGUGUCGUACAGACUCUGGCAUCAUGAACAUGUUCGAUCGGAAGAUCAACUUUGAUGCGCUCUUAAAGUUUUCCCACAUAACCCCCUCUACACAGCAGCACCUGAAGAAGGUCUAUGCCAGUUUUGCCCUCUGUAUGUUUGUGGCAGCUGCAGGGGCAUACAUCCAUGUGGUCACUCACUUCAUUCAGGCUGGCCUGCUGUCUGCCCUGGGCUCCUUGGGAUUAAUGAUUUGGCUGAUGGCAAUACCUCAUAACCAUGAAACUGAGCGUAAAAGACUGGGGCUGCUUGCUGGAUUUGCUUUCCUUACAGGAGUUGGUCUGGGCCCUGCUCUAGAGUUGUGCAUUUCCAUCAACCCCAGCAUCAUUCCCACCGCUUUCAUGGGGACAGCAAUGAUCUUCACCUGCUUCACUCUGAGUGCCCUCUAUGCUAGACGUCGUAGCUACCUUUUCUUGGGAGGUGUCUUGAUGUCAGCCAUGAGCCUGAUGGUCUUAUCCUCUCUCGGCAACCUUUUCUUUGGAUCCAUUUGGCUUUUCCAGGCAAACCUGUAUGUGGGGCUCGUGGUCAUGUGUGGCUUUGUCCUUUUCGAUACUCAACUCAUUAUUGAAAAGGCUGAAAAUGGAGAUAAGGAUUAUAUCUGGCAUUGCGUUGACCUCUUCCUGGAUUUUGUUACCCUGUUCCGAAAACUCAUGAUGAUCCUGGCUAUGAAUGAGAAGGACAAGAAAAAAAAGAAGUGAAAUGACCCUCCAGCCUUUCCCAGUUUGACUUCCUCUCCUACCAACCCUCAUUUUCUCUUUGCACACAUUACAGGUGGCGUGUUCUGUGAUAAUGAAAAGCAUCAGAAAA